AUGGAAGGGGAUGGCAUGGCAAUUCUAAGCUGCGACCCUGGACGAGAUCUUUGGAAUACAGUCAUGGGCAUAUUCACAAAGUCCCUGUUUGCAGUUCCAUCUGGAGAAUUGUAUCUAUAUCGAUAUAAUACUGCCGAACAUCAGCCCAAUACACUUUCCCGGAUCAAACUGCUUGAUUUUCCCGAAGAGUCGAAGUUCCAUCCUCUGGGCAUAGAGUACCACAAGGCCAGUUCGCAAUUGUUUGUCUGCAACCAUCACUUUGAGGGUCCUCGAGUGGAGAUAUUCACAUUAGAAAUAACCUCGCAACCGCCGACAGCCAGACAUACCCGGACAGUCAUCAGUCCGCUGGUCAGAUCACCUAACGCCAUUGUUGCUCUAAAUGAGCAUGAAAUUUUCCUCACCAAUGACCACUUUUUCCGGAUCAAGGAUAACCCCAUACUCGCCAAGAUUGAAACCUACGGUGGUGUCCCCUUGGGCAGUAUCGUACACAUAGAUUUGCAUAGUAAUUCGUCGGCUACCCUGAGAUCCGUUGCCAGGAUUCCAUACGCAAACGGAGUCGCCCUACUAAACGCUUCAAUGCUGGCAGUAGCAUCGACCAGCUCAUGUCAGAUCCGACUUUAUCGAGUUCGCCCCAAUAAAACACUCGAAUUCACAUCCAAGAUUGAUGUGCCGUUUAUGCCCGAUAAUAUAGCUACUGAUCAGAGGGGUGCACUUUUAAUCGGAGGUCACCCUCAUCCACCCAGCCUGGAGGACCUGGUAAAAGGCCGUCAAGCCUGCUUGAAGCAUCCUUCCAUGCUCCGCGAAUGUCAUAUUGGGAGUGCACCAAGUUGGGUCAGUGAGUGGACGGAAGAGAAUGGGCUAAAAACCUUGUAUACGACAGUGGGAGAGUUUGGUACCAGUUCUUCAGCGGUACGGGACACUGAGUUCGGUUUAGGAUUAAUUACAGGCCUCUAUGAGAAGGGAAUCCUAGUCUGGAAGGAGUAA